AUGUCCGAGACUGCCCUCACCUAUGAUGCGACUAUGUUUUCCUCUCCUCUCACGGCCACCAGCCGACCUCCCGUUCAAACGCCGUCCGUCAGUGCAGGAAAUCUCCUCCGGGAGACGUCUUCACCAAAAUGCGACUGGAUCUUCCUACCACAGCCCGUCUACAUAGUAAAGCAUGAAGCCCUCGAGGGCUUUACACGUCUCGAUGAGCGUCUUGCGAAGUCUCGUGAGAUGACGACAAAACCGGAGGAUGCUGUCGAGAGCGUACCUGUGAAGGAUUUCGGGGUGCAUCAGGGUCAGGGAAACAAGGGUCUUGGGGAGUGUUACUGCUGGCUCGGUACACCGAAGAGAACCCCAGGCGCGCUUGGACGUAAACCUUCCGAGCUCAAGAAACCUCAGGCUGGGCAUGGCGGCUACCAGCAAGAGUAUCUUUGGCUUCCAGCCGUAGUUGUGCCCGAGUGGAAAAGACUGGACGGUGACAUGACCGUGGAGCAUCGUAUGCAGAAGAACCAUGAAGAACCAAAGGGGAUUGAUUCGUUCUUGACAGUCCGCGUCGAGGAUGACGCGGACACUACGCAGCCGUCUUGCGAGGUAGAGAAUGGGCAGAGGCGUGAUACACCUACAUCUCAUCCAGUCUUUGGCCACAGCUAA